AUGUUAGAUUUUCAACAGAAAAUACUUGAAAUUCAGUUGAAGUCAUUAGAUGACAAUUAUCAAAAUCUAUCAGUUACUUACAAUAAAAUGUCAGUCAUCUAUUAUAUGAAAAAAGACUUUCAAUUGGCGCUAGAGUACUGCACUAAAGCUCUUAAAAUAGCAUUACCAUCCUUACCAGUGGAUCAUCCAUUUAUUUUAAAAUAUCGAGAAAUAUUCUUAUUACAUUCUUCCUCUGACGAUGAAUCAAAAUGUGGUUUAAUUGAUACAUAUCGUGUAUUAUUUGAAGAUAACGACAAAGAACAUCGUACAAUGCAACAAUUUGAACAUGAAUAUAAUUCAGAAAUAGAAUUAUUUGGUCUAAUACCUCGUACAAAAAUAGAGACCAUCCAGUUACUAUCAAUCGAACAAUAUACACAACUCAAUGAAAAAUAUCCAUUUAGUUUAACCUGUCCUUGUUUUAAUAUUUCAAUUCCUUAUGAAAAAUUUAUUACUCAACUCAAACAAAGAUAUCAUCAAUUAAGUUCAUCGAAAUUUAUCACAGAUGAAUGGAUUGAUUAUUUAAAUGGUAUACCACCUACGAAGUUAUAUUAUCGUGAUUUUCGUCGGGCAGCUGGUCAUUCAUUUGAAUUUUUAUCUCGUUCAUGUCAAUUAUCGUCCCAAACAAUCAGUAAUGAAUUAACCAAAUUUCAAUCAAGGUUGCUUGUCACACCAUAUUUGUUGUCUGAGCAAACGUUUCAAGUGCAAAUGCAAUCACUUUUUGGUGAAUUGCAGUUCUCACCGAGACAAACAUUUAUACGCGCACUAGAAUUUGUACGUUUGACAUCACGAGCAAAUGGUUUGAUGUCAACUCUGAUGACAAAUUUUGGAUAUUUAAUUAAAUAUUUAGAAGUUCGCCGAUUUAUACGCACAAUAGAAUUUGUACGUUUGACAUCACGAGCAAAUGGUUUGAUGUCAACUCUGAUGACAAAUUUUGGAGUCAAUUUUAAUACACUCGAGUCAUUGCAAUAUAAUAAAGGCAAUUGUUCAUGUGGUUAUUCACUAUCUCAGUGUUACGAAUUAUCAUCCAUCUACAAAGAAAACAACAGCAUUGUCACAGAAAUUUUUAAUAAAUCUAACUUUUAUAUUGGUUGUUUCAUUGUUGAUGGAUUAUUAAAAUCAACACUAGAGUGUUUUUAUUCUCAGCAAUGUUUACAACAAAUACAAUUUUGGAUGACAUCAGCGAUGACAUAA